GCGCGAGUGCGUAUCGCAGUGACGCACGGGCGCACGGCGAUGUUGUGACAGAAGUGCACUCGCGAGUCUGAGGGGGUCUCUCUGUGUUCGUCGCGUCGUCAUUAUUCUCGGCAUUAACGCUACCGUCGUCGACUUAACGGUUAACGCUUCGACUACGACCGACCGACCGAUCGGAGAAGGGACGAGAAACGGAGAAGGCACUCGAGCGCAGAGCAAAGUCGAAGUGAGCCAGGCAUAACACGGGCGCAACGAGGAGUUCGCUCGCGUCGCAGUCCCCUCGUCAGCGGGGACAAUGAAGUUCCAAUACAAGGAGGAGCAUCCGUUCGAGAAGAGGAAGGCCGAGGGCGAGAAGAUCCGACGGAAAUACCCCGAUCGAGUGCCCGUGAUAGUAGAGAAGGCGCCCAAGGCAAAGAUCAGUGAUCUGGACAAGCAGAAAUAUUUGGUACCUUCUGACUUGACCGUCGGUCAGUUUUACUUUUUAAUUCGUAAGAGGAUUCACUUACGUCCCGAGGAUGCCCUAUUCUUCUUCGUCAACAACAUUAUUCCACCAACAAGUGCUACCAUGGGUUCUCUUUAUGCGGAACAUCAUGAAGAGGAUUUCUUCCUAUACAUAGCAUAUAGCGAUGAGAACGUGUACGGUCAUUAAACCCCCGGACGAGCGAAUUGCCAAGCCGACAACAAAAAGGAUUCGACAACAGAAAUUUAACCACCUCAACGUAGUCCUCAUAGACGCUUUCGAAGAAUCGUGCAUACGAAAUCGCAUCUAUCGAUCACUUUGUGUGUGAAAUUUUAUGUCUUGACGCUACCACACUACAUUUGCUUCCCCCAAAGAAUUACACGAUUGUCUUUUGACGAUGAGAAUAUUUCUUGUCGACUCCAUUGUCGCUCUCUCUGUCAUCGCGAGAGGGCUUAGUUCACACCGUAGCGCGUAAGGGUAACAGAUCUGUGCAGAAUUAUACGGCAUAUAUAUAUAUAUAUAUAUAUAUAUAUAUAUAUAUGUGGGUGUGUGUGUGUGUGUGUCGAGGCUGAUCAAAGAGAUAAAAAAAAUGAGAGAAAAAGAAGGGAAAAUCUUUGCAUUGCCAAACGUUGCUAAUAAUAUUGCUGUCACAUAUUAUUUCACUGCACGCAUUAUCAGUCAUAAUGAAGUUCUUUGAACCGUAAAACCGUAGUUAUCAUACCAUGAAAAAAAUUGGAAGUAUGGUAUAAACGCAGAAUUCUCUACAUGAAUAUCGUUUUCGUCGAUUUAGGUUUAGUAUUAUUGUAUCUACGUGACUUUAACGUAAUUUGAUCACUAGGAAGAGCGAAGAAGGGAGAUUGUUGGGUGUGCGAGGGAGGAAAAAAUUUUCUGUAACAGCUAGAGGAUGUAAGGUCAAUAAAGAGAGGAAAGGA